UUUGUGUCAACGGUUGAAUGUUUCUAACAAAUCACAAAUAUUGUUGCUUCGAAAUGAAGAAGAGUAAACGGUUUGCCAAGAUGUUUCUUAAAAUAAUUUGCAAAAGCCUAAAUGAAAAAAUCAGAAAAAAAAGUUCUUACAAAUUUUAUCGAAAUCCUAUUUUGGAAUCCCUUUUAUUCAAGCAUUUCAAAAUUCUCUUUGGCUAAGUACGAGUGCUUUGUAAUUUCUGGGCCUUAAGAAGCACCAUGUCGGACGCGCGCUUAGUCCGUUCUUCGCAACGCGAGUGGUGUGAUCGCAACUCGAAGCCCAAGCCUCCGUUCUACACACCAUUCACGAGACCGAACCCGACUCGCUGGCAAAAACCCGGACCUAUGGGCCGGGAUGAUUGGGCCAAUUUCCACAAACAGUAUCAGGGUACCUCGAGGGUAGAAAUGGCAAGACGGCUAGCGGGUGGCCGGGUUAACUCCGAUAGGGCAAUAGUUAAUAGCGGGAAGAAGCCGCCAUUAAGAGAGCAAGUUUCGAGCGAUGUCUUUGAACGCUUGAGCCAGCCGAAGUGGCAGCGCGAGAAAUACGUUCCUCCGGAAAAGGAAAUAUUUCCAUACCGUCCGCAUAUCAGAGGACGAUGUCCUCCGAUGCCGGAAAAGGGCAGACCCUCGAGGAAACCAAAGGUGCCUUGCUGUUUCCAGCACAAGGAUCUAGAGAUCGAGUUCUGGUCGAACAUCCGUUUCCCCGUUUCGCGGAAGGCCCUCUGCGCCCAACCCAAAAAAGCUAUCAUUACACUAUCCAAGCCCAGGGAGUAUCCGCCACCUCAGCACUGUCCAAUCCCUGAUAGACCCGAUGAUCUCUUCGUGCCCCGUCGUAACAAGAUGACGCCCAUGCAGUGGCGACUCCAUCGCCAGCGCCUCGAGUUCCUUGCCAAGCCGCCUUCACGCGUUUUGGCCGAACUGUGCCGAAAUUGAAUCCUAAAUUGUGGUUCAAAUUCUUGGCACAAAGCUACAUAACCACUAACUAAACCGGGUAGCAACCGUUCCUAUCCAGUUUAGUUAAUGGAACUGUAGUUUGGUGGUAAUAAUUUUACCUUCAAAUUGGAACUACUUUAACUCAAGAAAUUUUAUUAAAUCUGUGCUUAAUAAAGAAUACAUUUUGUUAAUUUUUUGAAGGGUGUUUAA